GAAUAUUCUCGAUCCUUCUAAUCAAGCUUUUGAUUAGAAUUUUGAUUUUCACAGUCGAAACUCUAAUGAUAUGAAUAUUCUUGUCUAGAUUCCCGUCACAAUAUCAACCAAAAUGGAUACAAAUUUCAUUGCAAAAUGUGAUCUUUCUAGAUAUAGAUUUCUGAUUUAAGAGCAUAACUACAAACGUUACUUCAUCUUUUCGACUCUCAGUACUGAAGAGGAGGAUUGUACAGAUUGAAAGUUUCAUGGGCUGUUAUGAAUGCCUUCUGUACAACUAAUUCGUCUACACAAUUUGUUUCAAUCUUUUCUUCCUUCUUAUCUUUGAAUUCUUCAUCGCAAUGAUUUUAGCAAGCAGUCUAACGACCAGGAAAUAUAGUGGGUGGAGGAGGACUAGCAAAUUGUGCACUUCACCAUUAAAUAUCUUCCAGUGAGCUAGAAAAGCAUAACGAGAAGGCAAAAGCUAGCACUUCUAGGCUGCAGAUUCUUUUCGAUUCACUGAAAUUCGUGUCAUUUAUGGGAUUUUUCAGAAACCCAAGAGAGAAAAAUGGCGGGAAAGUUGAACUGGAUCUCCCGCCGCUUACAGACAAAGGAAAUUCUCCUCCCCCAAAAGAGAAAAAUGGCGGGAAAGUUGAACAGGAUCUCCCGCCGCUCACAGACAAAGACAAAGGAAAUCCUCCUCCCCCAAAAGACACCUUUAAUUUAGCCUAUAUCUCCUAUUUCACAUUGGGCACGGGAUAUUUGCUUCCAUGGAAUGCUUUCAUAACGGCAGUGGACUAUUUCAGCUACAUUUACCCAGGCAAGCGGGUAGACCGAGUUUUUUCUGUAGGGUACAUGGUAACAGGCCUAUUUUUUCUGCUGAUUCUGCUUACAUGGGCCCGGAGGAGGUUCAGUGCUCGAGUCCGGAUCAAUUUAGGGCUCCUUAUGUUUCUCCCCUGUUUGCUCGCUGUGCCAGUGAUGGAUGCCGCUUAUAUAAAAGGGCACAGGGGCUUGGAUUCGGGAUAUUAUAUUACUGUUGCUGCGGUUGUUGUGUGUGGCAUUGCAGAUGCAAUUGUGCAGGGAAGCUUGAUUGGCUCUGCCGGGGAGCUUCCUGAGGAAUUCAUGCAGGCUGUUGUCUCAGGAACUGCUGCUUCAGGUGUUCUUGUCUCUGCCUUAAGGAUUCUCACCAAAGCUGCCUUAGCGCAAGAUGUUCAAGGCUUGAGAACAAGUGCAAUUUUGUACUUCAUUGCCAGUAGUGUGCUUAUGGCAAUUUGUCUGGUAUGCUAUAACAUGGUAAACCAGCUACCAGUUAUUAAGUACUAUAAUGAGUUGAAAAGAAAGGCAGUAGAAUCAAAAUUCCUGCUGGGAAAUACAAUUGUCAACAAUUUGGCAGGCACCAAAGACAUAUCAAUCCCAGUUGCAUCAAACAAUCUCUAUGGUGCUCCUAACAAGGGAGGCGGAUCAAAUUUUUGGCACAUAUUAAGGCAAACAAAGUGGCUAGGAAUUGGGCUUAUCUUGAUUUAUGUUGUAACACUGUCAAUCUUUCCAGGUUACAUAACUGAAGAUGUGCAUUCACCUCUUCUAAAAGAUUGGUAUCCCAUCUUAUUGAUUGCUUGCUACAAUAUUUUUGAUCUGGUAGGAAAAUCUCUAACUGCAUAUUUGAUGCUUGAAAGUGCUGCAAUUGCCAUUGGUGGAUCUGUUGCAAGGCUAUUAUUCUAUCCUCUGUUUUAUGUGUGUCUUCAUGGGCCACAUUUCUUCCACACAGAGAUUCCAGUUGUAACCCUGACAUGUUUAUUAGGCUUGACAAAUGGGUACUUAACAAGUGUGAUCAUGAUUAUUGCUCCAAAAAAGGUUCCUUUACAGGAAGCAGAGGUUGCAGGCAUCAUCAUAGUUAUCUUCUUAGUAAUUGGAUUGGCAAUGGGCUCUAUUGUUGCAUGGUUUUGGGUCAUUUAAUUCCCUAUACCAUGGAGGGUUGUGCUCUAUUUAUCAUGCAAUGUUUAAGGCCACUUUCGUAGUUCCUUCCAACUGGUAAGCAGUUUUACUAAGCAAUUUGUAAACAUGGUUGUAAUUGCUUCUACUCUUCUAUUUAUAUAUAAAAAGUUCUUUUGAAA